CGCCAGUGAUCGACUACAGUCAGCCAUUUGAUUCCAUUUCGAGCGCAACUUAAGACAGCACUAAUUAUAGCAAUGGCAUUCAACAUUGGACAUAUCUUUCUGGUCACGAUGCUGGCUGUGGUCUGCGCUGCAGAGACGAUUCAAUUGCAGCCAACGCAAGGCAUCCUGAUCCCAGCUCCUUUGGCCGAGAACAUUCGUGUGUCGAGGGCUGCCUAUGGUGGCUAUGGCGCACCAGCUGCCUCCUACUCCGCACCAGCUGCUCCAUCAUAUGCGGCAGCAGCUGCUCCAUCAUAUGCCGCACCAGCUGCUCCAGCCGCGCCUGCCUACUCUGCACCCGCUGCUCCAGCUUACGCCGCCCCAGCACCAGCACCAGCACCAGCACCAGCCGCUCCCGCCUAUUCAGCACCCGCGUCUAUUCCAUCCCCACCGUGCCCCAAGAACUAUCUGUUCAGCUGCCAACCCUCACUGCAGCCCGUGCCCUGCUCGGCACCAGCUCCCUCCUACGGCUCCGCCGGCGCCUACUCCCAGUACGUUCCCCAAUACGCCGUUCCCUUUGUGCGCGAAUUGCUGUAAUUGAUUGAUAUUGACACUCGACAUACCUGUUCCAAUAAACUGAAGCUAUAAAGAAAAAAA